GUAACAAGCUAGCAUUGCCUACAAGGGAAAAAAACGCACGAUGUUGAAGAACCCGCGAAUACACUUGCAAAAAAAGAGAAAGAGUUGAGGCUGAAAACAAAACGUGGAAUUGCGCAUGCUCCAUAUCCAUGAACGGAUCACUAUUCUCCAUCCGGGUGGGCAGAGUUAGUGCUGAGCCUAAGGCCUUCAAGGCGAGUUGGGCAGUAGGGAGCAUUUGCGUGGCAGCAACUGGCAGCCGCACUUCACUGUACUGGUUGGCAGCGAGAUCCUGGAAGACCGUCAUGUCAGGUAGAGUCUGCUACGCCAACAGGACCGGCGAAGCGGACCGCGAACUUGAACUUCCGCUCCCAACUUUGUCGACUCGAGGGAGCUCUAAUCACGGGGGCUUCUUUCUCAGUGCAUCCAUGCGCGGCUCGAUCCGCACUACCUUGGCUGGCUUGGGUUUGGCCUCGGUUCCGGCAUUCUUCCUCUUACCCCCACCAGUGCCUCGCGCCGGAGCAGGAAGAUCAUCAACACUCAUCAUCGACGCCACAGUGUUGUAGUCCCCUCCUGCAACAAAGGGGCAUAAGAAUCCGAUUAAUACAACAAGAAACAAGUCAAAAGGCAGAAAAACACUAACCGCCAACAAAAAGCUUGCAAAGGACGGCUUCGCGAGACCCCUUCAGAUACAAAUUGACUCGCUCUGUCAACAACAAGUCGUAAUGCUGCUUGAGGUGCUUGUAAGUCCCCAAGGUAGACUCAUAAUCCUUAAUAUUCCCAUUCGACCAGGAAGACGGGAAUUCGACCGCAGAGAAGUAAACUCCCCAGGUACAGCCCGCACGUAGAAGAACUUCUCAAACCAAUUCUUCUCUAGUUUCGGUGACCCGUAGACAUAACCCGAGGGAUUGUUGUCUCUAAUUUUAAUUGACAAACUGUUACCCCUUUUCAGACCAGUCAAGUGCGGCACCUUCAACUUGUAGAUAUGGCGAAAAAAGCCAUAGUUGGGAUGUAGGUUCUGCCUCUUACACAUCGCCCGCAGAGCUCAGUUGUGAAAGAUAACAGAGGGAGAAAAGCGUGCCAAUGAGCACUUUACCAACCCGUAGAGACGACAGAGCAAAGGUUUGAUGGGAAACUUAAAGAAAAUCUUCCAGUACUCAAUGUAAACGCCGAACCAACCCGGAGGUCAAUUCCCAACUCGGUUGAACUCCUAAGAAGCGGCUUAUUGCCAAUGUGGCGCUAGACCAAGACCGCGCGCACAACAUAGAACAUCCGCGCGCUUCAACAACGAUGCAUAAUCGGGGCCGCGCAACAGCUUGUUUGACGGAAUCUCCCCGGCAGGAAACAUUUCCUCCCAGUCAAGUACCACAUAUUCCACAUAAGGAGAUCUCGCACCCAACCUGGCAUACGCCUCGACAACGUGGAAUGAUCGAAAUUUUUGCUGGAAUGGUCGACCAAUCUGCUUAUGAGUCCCUAGAGACGAUCAUUCGUAAUUUUUCAUCAAGAUAGGCAUGUUGGUGUAACCGGUCGACCGAAAACUUCUUUUGGUCGGUCGUUUUAUUCGAGGCAUAAUGACUUGCAAGUCAACGUAGACAUACCCUUAUUAUUAUAUCAAUUAAAUUAGGAAACAAACAAAACCUUAUGUGAAUUAUAAAUGGACGUAUGCAUA